AUGGACAAUCUUCUCGAUUCAAAAGCAACCAAACCACAAUCAAAAAUCAAAAAUCUUACCAUUCUCGGAGCAUCAAUUGGCUUCAUUUGUUUGAUUGUCUUUUUUACUUUUUACUCCAAAAUAAAUAUAUCAACUUCAGCCCUAUCCCAAUUUAAUUUGGAAGAAGAGGAAUUUAAGAGCUAUAUUCUAAAAUACAACAAAAAUUACAAUAAAGAUGAAUAUCUUAAAAGAUUUAAAAUUUUCAGAGAUAAUCUCGGUUUUAUUCAUAAUCAAAACGCUUUAGGUUUAACCUGGACAGUUGGAAUAAACCAAUUUACAGAUCUAACAACUCAAGAAUUUAAAGCUAAAUAUCUUCACUCAAAAAUUGAGCUUCCAGAAACCUAUAGUCAAGAAACUGUUAAGGAGAAGCCUCUUAAUGUCGCAAGCUCUAUUGAUUGGAGAUCAGUUGGAGCAGUAACACCAGUUGGAAUCGAAGGAUUAUGCAAUAGUGAUUAUGCUUUUGCAUCAGUAGGGGCAGUUGAAGGGAUUUGGAAAAUUUCUGGAAACCCACUUGUAGUUCUUUCAGAGCAAGAAAUUGUGGAUUGCUCGAUUUCAUAUGGAAAUAAAGGUUGUGGAGGAGGCUUAGUUGAUCAUGCAUACAGUUUUAUACAAAGCAAGGGGCUUACCUCAGCUCUGCUUUAUCCAUACAUAGGGACAGAUGAAAAAUGCAAUGAAAAUGCCGUUAAUAGAGAAAUAGUAAAAAUCCAAGGAGCUAAUAUCGUCCAAGCAAAUAACCCACUAAGCCUUCAAUAUCAAGUUGCUACCCAGCCAGUAUCAGUAUAUGUGGAUGCAGAUAAUUAUGUAUGGCAAUAUUAUAACGGAGGAGUUGUCACAAAAAAUUGUGGAACCGAGCUCAGCCACUCUGUUUUAAUUGUUGGCUACAAUAUGACUGCAUCUCCUGCCUAUUGGAUUGUAAAGAAUUCUUGGGGCGCAACAUGGGGAGAAAGUGGAUACAUAAGAAUUGGGAUCAGUUCAGGAGCAGGAGUCUGCGGAAUUAACAUGGCUGGAUCAUAUCCAACUCUUUAA